AUGAUGGCUUUCACCGAAGUUGUCUCUGCAGCGAACUGCAAAUUAUUCUAUGGCGCCACUAUAAUUACCGUCAAUCAAAAGCGCCAGAUAAUAUGCAACGGUUAUAUUCGAGUUGAUCGCGACCGAAUUACAGCAAUUGGGAAAUGCCCAUAUCCUGAUGAACUUCCCAACGGAGCGCGUGAGAUUGACUGUCGAGGCAAAAUAAUCAUUCCUGGGCUCAUCAACACACAUGCUCACCUGGUUCAGUCCCUCCUUCGGGGCUUGGCGGAAGAUUUGCCGCUGCAUAACUGGCUGUGCGAUGCGAUAUGGCCAUUGGAGGCUGUUUUUGAGGGCGAGGAUGGCGUGAAUGCUGCAAGCCUGACUAUAAUGGAAAUGUUAAAGACAGGAACGACCUGCUUCCUUGAUCCGAUGUUGACGUAUCGCGCUGGGUUUGAUCAAAUUUGCAACACCAUGGGAGAAAUGGGGAUUCGGGGCUGCCUAGGCAAAUUAGUGAAGUUCACGGAAACCAAUCGCCAAUUAUCGAUUUCGGAUCCAAGAGACCGUGACCUGCUUGCCAUGUCAAUCCCUGAGCUUGUCAAAGCGCAUCAGACAUACCACGGUAGUCACGAUGGCAGGACUCAUGUCUGGGCCGCAGCAGGUACCCCUCGUGGAGCACCGAUUUCUCAGUAUCUUGAACUAGGAGAAACCUGUGCUGUAUACGGUAUAUCGGCAACUAUGCAUUGUGCUGAAGCUCCAAGGGACCGCGACAUCUAUCACAAUUCUUAUAAUUGCAGCGCUAUGGAGUUUAUCCAGGAUGCAAAGCUCUGUGCCGCGCACAAAGAAGACUCUAAAGAGAAAGGGACGCAUAAUCUUGUGCUCGCACAUAUGGUGAACCUUGACGAGGAAAUUGACAUUCCAUUACUCGCCAGCACGGGGACUUCUGUGGCUCAUAACCCGACAUCGAAUCUGAAGCUAGCCUCCGGGGUAGCGCCAGUUCCAGCCAUGCUAGCACAUGAUCCCCCUGUCAACGUUUCUUUGGGAACAGACGGAGCUCCCUGUUCGAAUCAUUAUGACAUGUUCCAGGAGAUGCACUUGGCUGGCAUACUCCACAAAGGAGUAAAUCAUGACGCAGGUUUGAUUCCCGCGGAGACUGCACUUGAGAUGGCGACAAUCAACGGAGCCAAAGCUCUAGGACUGGAUGCGGAGAUCGGUAGCCUUGAAGAACACAAAAAGGCAGAUUUUGUGGUGCUCGACCCAUAUGGCCGGGGAGGUGUUGGAGCUGCACCUUGGACUGGCGAGUUCCAAAAUCACGCGGUUAGCGUUGUUACAAGUGUUGUCCAUGGCUGUACCGGUCGCGAUGUCGAUAUGACCGUAGUCAACGGUGCAAUUCUGGUUGAAGACGGGAAAAUGGCGAAUGGAGGAAGAGAAAAAGAGAUGGACAUCAUUGGCAAAGCACAAGAGGCCAUACAGGGUAUUUUGCUUCGGUGCAACGAGGGGCGUGAGCCAGAUUCUAAGAUUGGGGGCAAACUUGCAAAGGGUUGGUCAUACGAUGUACGCGCUGUCGCGUUCGUCGAAGGAAAUGACACAGGCGACGAGGGUAAACCCCGGUGUCGGAAUUGCAUUGAUCGAAACUUCCAAUGCCAAUAUGGACCUCAAUUGACAUUUCUGACAAAGAACGCGCAAACUGUUCAGUCAUCGGAAGUGGAGACUCCAUCUACUCGAUAUGAGGCCAUUCGGUUCGUUCAUGAGGAACCCGAGAAGGGAGGCGAUGAGCCUAAUAUUACCGAGGAGGUAUCAUUGCCGGUAGGCAGUGAAUCGGACCAAGUCUUUCUCGAACCUGCGAAUUCGAGUCCAUCUCCAGAGGCACAGACUGCUCCUGACGCCGAGCUGUCAGCAUGGCCGUUUAAAGGACCUUCGCAAUCCACGAACGGGGUGCUUAGUGAUAAAGAUGAAUCUGCAGUGGCUGGAUUGCUGGCAUUAGGAUCGAGUAGGACUGAUAUCAUGGAGCCCAUUAUGAGUCUCUCGGACUUUACAAUGUCAACAGUUGCGAGAGAAUCUCAGCUGAACUACGCGACCACUCCUUCAAAGCUGCCCGAUAUUGGUACAGUGUCCUCUCCGGAUAUGAUGUGGCACCAUGGGAACCCACAAGCCCCAGAUCCAGAGAUGAACAUCACUAGCAUCGCAUUCUUGCGCGCACUGGAUGCGACAAAAAAUUUCAUCCUGGACACCCCUAGCGCUUGGUCCUUGCAAAGGGGCGUUGAUAGAGAGCUCCUCGAAGCCCUCAGUCCACUUACUGCUGGCAGAGACUUCAACUCUGCAAUCUACUGGCUGUUCGUGAGAUUCGAUCUUGGAGCGGCUUUAGCCACCGACACCAAUCUUCAAAUUCCCCUUGCUCCUUCAUCUCCACACUUCGAAGGCGCAGAUUCCAGAGUAGAUCCGAUUGCCUUUACCUUCUGCUACGCGAACCAUCCUCUGUGGCUCUGUGCACGGGCGGUAGAAUUUAUGCAUAACGAAGACCCAUCACCGCAAAACCUGCCACUUCAGACGUGGAUGCAACUGGCGGAAGAGCUUGACAAUUGGUACCAUGGACGACCGCAAGGAUUCCAGCCCAUGCUCGAACUUGAGAUGGAUAAAGAAAUCGACUCGCCGGCCGCGCACAGCGCGUAUUACAGACUUCCGUUCCGCGACAAUGUCUCCAUUGUGGCAUGCCCAGAGGAUAUGCAGUAUUGCUUUGCACAACGAGAGGCGUGA